AUGGCGGAGGAUAAUCCAGAGCUGCAGGCGCGGCUGGCGCAGCUGGACCAUGAAUUGGAAGAAGGCGAUAUCACGAAGAAGGGGUACGAGAAGAGACGAACGAUGAUCCUGUCGCAAUAUUUGUCCAGAGAGCAGCUGGAACAUGCGGGCGUCAAUGUGAAUGACGGGCAGAGUCUCUACUCGGCAGAAGGCGGCGGGCAUGCGAGGGUGAGUAGCUCUGGGAGUAUACCGGCCGGUCCCUUCACGCAAGACUACAGCUCUUCUGCUGAAGGACCGUACAGCCCAUACGGAGGGGUUGGCGCACCUCCGCCUGCGUUAACACCUGGAUACGAUGCGGGACCACCGAGUCAAGUCGCGCGCUUUCAAGAGCAGCAGUUGGGCUUCAGACCGCAGCAGAGGCAGCCUUCUGUGGGAGGGCUACGACCAGAUGAGGGCCCGAGCAGACCUGGUAGUCGAGGAAGCCGGUACAGUUCGAAUCAGGGCACGAUGGUCAGCACAGACUAUGCCUUCAACCCCGACAUGAAAGGUGGAUUUAGCGAUGCAGGCAGCAGGAGGAGCACCAUGAUGCUGGAUCAGCAAGGAUACUUCUCCGAUUUCACGGGACAACAGAUGGAGGACCAGCGGCCACGCGAGAGCUAUGGAGGGCCGCAACGCUAUAGCAUGGGGGAGGCUUUCUCGCCAACCGCAAUGAUUCCUCCCCCACUCAUGGGCGACGAUAUCUCGGUUGCCCCUGUUCAUCAGCUACCUCUGGAACCUCGAGAUGUGCCUUUUGCGGUAUAUGACCCGCACAACAACAACAUUCCGAUGUCCAAAUUCGAUAAUAUAGGUGCAGUCCUUCGUCAUCGAGGGAAGAUGCAAGCACGGCAGCCGGCCUACUGGGUUUUGGAUCCCAAAGGAAAGGAGACAGCUUCGAUUACCUGGGACAAGCUCACGUCGCGAGCUGAGAAGGUCGCACAGGUCAUUCGUGACAAGUCGAAUCUGUAUCGAGGCGAUCGCGUGGCACUGGUGUAUCGAGAUACAGAGGUGAUCGAGUUCGCAAUCGCACUACUGGGCUGCUUUAUCGCUGGCGUUGUUGCAGUUCCGAUCAACAAUGUGAACGACUACCAAAAGCUGUCCCUACUUCUUACUACCACUCAAGCGCAUUUGGCGCUCACGACAGACAACAAUCUUAAGGCCUUCUCGCGUGAUAUCUCGAACCAAAGAUUAAAGUGGCCUACAGGAGUGGAGUGGUGGAAGACAAACGAGUUCGGAUCGUAUCAUCCUAAGAAGAAGGAUGCGGAGGCUCCCUUACAAGUACCCGAUCUAGCCUACAUCGAGUUCUCACGAGCGCCGACAGGCGACUUGCGAGGCGUGGUCUUGUCGCAUAGAACGAUUAUGCACCAGAUGGCUUGUCUGUCGGCAAUGGUGUCGACAAUACCGGCAUCUGAGAACGUAGACACAUUCAACUCGACACUGCGCGCAUCAGAUGGACAGUAUGUUGUCCCUCGGAUGGGCCGCAAUGAGGUUAUAAUGUCGUAUUUGGACCCUAGAGAAAGCUGCGGAUUGAUUCUGGGAGUGCUGCUGGGUGUCUAUGGUGGGCAUACAACCGUGUGGUUCGAAAGCAAGACCGUCGACACACCUGGAAUGUACGCGCACCUCAUUUCAAAGUACCGAGCAACUUUCAUGGUUGCAGACUAUCCGGGACUCAAACGGGCUGCGUACAAUUAUCAGCAGGAUCCAAUGGCGACGCGGAACUUUAAGAAGAACAUGGAGCCUAAUUUCUCGUGUGUGAAGCUCUGUCUUAUCGACUCCUUGACGGUCGACGCAGAAUUUCACGAGAUCUUGGCGGAUCGCUGGCUCAAGCCUAUGCGCAAUCCAAGAGCAAGAGAGCUGGUGGCCCCGAUGCUCUCAUUACCUGAACAUGGUGGCAUGAUUAUCUCCGUUCGCGAUUGGCUUGGGGGCGAAGAGCGCAUGGGAUGUCCAUUGACCAUCCAGUAUCAAGACGGCGAGGACAGCGACGAAGCGCCUAGCAGCCCAACUACAGCAAACGGAUAUACCAGCUUGCUUGACGGCUCCAAUAGUGAGAAGAAGAUGAAAACUCGAAAGCGGAGUCGAAACGAGACCAGCGAAGUUCUUUUGGACAAAGAGAGCUUGAAGACUAAUGAGGUGGUUAUCAUCGCUAUUGGCGAUGAUGCUCGCAAACGGGCGAACGAGCCGGGUACUGUUCGCGCAGGCGCGUUCGGAUAUCCCAUACCAGACGCGACUCUUGCGAUCGUAGAUCCAGAGACAAACCUACUUUGUGCGCCGUUCACUGUUGGCGAGAUCUGGGUUGAUUCCCCAUCCCUAUCAGGCGGCUUCUGGGCACUGCCAAAACACACCGAGACCAUCUUCCACGCGAGACCUUAUCGAUUCGUCGAGGGCAGUCCCACACCUGUGCUUGUCGAGCCAGAGUUCCUUCGGACUGGUCUUUUGGGCUGCGUCAUUGAGGGCAAGGUCUUCGUUCUGGGUCUCUACGAAGAUCGGAUACGACAGAGAGUGGAGUGGGUCGAGCAUGGCGCGUAUGAAGUUGAGCAUCGUUACUUCUUCGUGCAGCAUCUGGUUGCGAGUGUCAUGAAGACGGUGCCGAAGAUCUACGACUGUUCGGCUUUCGAUGCCCAUGUGAACGGCGAGUACCUGCCAAUCAUCCUUAUUGAGACGCAGGCCGCGAGCACGGCACCCACGACUACCGGAGGGCCACCGCGGCAGCUGGACAUUCCCUUCCUGGAUUCGCUUAGCGAGCGGGUGAUGGAGGUCCUGUAUCAGGAACACCACUUACGAGUUUACUGUGUUAUGAUGACAGCGCCCAAUACAUUACCUCGCGUGGUCAAGAAUGGACGCAGAGAGAUCGGAAAUAUGCUUUGUCGUAAGGAAUUCGACAACGGCAAUCUUCCGUGCGUGCACGUCAAAUUUGGGGUCGAGCGCGCUGUGCAGAAUCUGCCACUCGGCGAUGACCCUGCUGGCGGCAUCUGGUCACCGUUGUCCAGUCAGAUCCGGCAAGAUAUGCUUGCCAUGCACUCGGACAAGCAGUACUCUGGCGUCGAUCACAGAGAGGUUGUUAUAGACGACAGGACCAGUACUCCGCUGAACCAGUUCAGCAAUAUUCAUGACCUGAUGCAAUGGCGAGUGUCGCGACAGGCAGACGAACUCUCGUAUUGCACCAUUGAUGGCAGAGGUAGAGAAGGCAAGGGCGUGACCUGGAAGAAAUUCGACUUGAAGGUAGCUGCUGUGGCAACUUACCUGAAGAACAAGGUCAAGGUGCAACCUGGCGAUCACCUUCUGAUGAUGUACACGCAUUCUGAAGACUUCGUGUGGGCCACACACGCUUGCAUCUGCUUGGGUGCCAUCUGUGUGCCCAUGGCGCCGAUCGACUCAAACCGGCUGAACGAGGACGUUCCGGCAUUACUGACCAUGAUUGCCGACUUCAGGAUCAAGGCGAUAUUGGUCAAUGCUGAGGUUGACACUCUACUCAAGCAGAAGGCGGUGAAUCAGCACAUGAAGCAGACUGCGCUCAUUCUGAAGGUCAACAUUCCAUCUACUUAUAACACCACAAAGCCGCCCAAACAGUCGCAUGGCUGCAGGGAAUUGGGUCUUACGAUUCGCCCAGCAUGGAUUGCGCCUGGAUACCCGGUGGUGAUCUGGACGUACUGGACGCCUGAUCAGCGGCGCAUUGCUGUACAGCUUGGACAUAACACUCUGAUGGCGCUAUGCAAGGUCCAAAAGGAAACCUGCCAAAUGACUUCGACAAGACCUGUACUGGGUUGUGUGAGAAGUACAAUGGGCCUUGGAUUCCUCCACACCUGCCUGAUGGGAAUUUUCCUCGCCACACCCACAUAUCUCGUCUCGCCUGUGGACUUUGCUGGCAAUCCGAAUGUGCUCUUCACGACAUUGGCGAGGUACAAGAUCAAGGAUACCUACGCAACGAGCCAGAUGUUAGAUCACGCAAUGGCGCAUUCAGCUGGCAAAGGCGUGCAUUUGCACGAAUUGAAGAAUCUGAUGAUCGCUACGGAGCAGCGACCGAAGGCAGACGUGUACCCACGAGUCCGCCAAGCAUUUGCGCAGUCAGCACUCGAUGGGACGGCGAUCAACACCAUCUACAGCCACGUCCUGAAUCCGAUGGUGGCAAGCAGAAGUUACAUGUGCAUCGAGCCGAUCGAGCUGUACCUGGAGCCGACUGCCCUUCGAAGGGGCCUGAUCGUACCGGUAGAUCCUGAUCAGGAGCCAUUCGCUUUGCAGGUGCAGGACUCGGGAAUGGUGCCUGUCAGCACACAGAUCAGCAUUGUCAACCCCGAGACAAACAGAUUGUGUCUUGUCGGCGAGUAUGGUGAGGUUUGGGUACAGUCGGAGGCCAAUGCCCACUCGUUCUACGGUUCCAAGGAUGCGUUCGAUGCCGAACGAUUCAACGGACGGACAGUUGACGGCGAUCCGGCAGUACAGUACGUACGAACAGGAGACCUUGGAUUCCUACACAGUGUCAGUAGGCCUAUCGGACCCGGUGGCAACAUGGUGGAGAUGCAGGUACUGUUUGUGCUUGGGAGCAUUGGUGAGACGUUCGAAGUCAAUGGACUGGAGCACUUUCCAAUGGAUGUCGAGGCGAGCGUCGAGAAAUGCCAUCGAGCGCUCGUCAGGGGCGGAUGGUGAGUGAUUCCCGGUCCUUGUUUGACGUUAUAUGCUAACAACCAACAGUGCAAUCUUCCAAGCUGGCUCGCUUCUCGUCCUCGUUGCUGAGGUCAGGACACGCGCUUUCCUCGCCUCCCUUGUCCCCAUCAUCGUCAACACGGUGCUUAAUGAGCACCAGCUGGUUCUCGACAUUGUUGCAUUUGUAGCGCUGGGUGACUUCCCGCGAUCGAGACUUGGUGAGAAGCAACGCGGCAAGAUUUUGGCCAAUUGGGUGAGCCGCAAGAUGCGCACGAUUGCUCAAUUCAGCAUCCGUGAUCCAGACGCAGAAGGUAGCAUUGGAACUAUUGUACCUGAAGAACACCUCCAUCGACGGGGCAGCGGCAUCAGCGACCGGCCACCAGGAGGUGCACCAAGCUUACGCGCGGGCGAAAGCGGACUUCGACAUGUGGAAAGUGUCACGCGAUUGCCCGUGACGGAAGAGAAUCCUGGUCGUGAACAUGAAAACAUGUUGACUGUGCAAACGACCUUGCACUCCGGCACAGAGACCGUACACAGUCCCGCGGAGACGACGAGAAACGACGACACCCCCACGACCGAGACGCCGCGCCCGUUGGUUUUGAACACGACAUUGGAUUACUCGCCUAUCGAUCCGUACGCGCAAGAGACACCACAGGAGAUUGAGUACACCCAUCCGCGCUCAACAUGGGAAGAUGAUGGACAUUAUCCACCGUCCCAUGGAUAUCCGGAUUAUCCAUCUCACCAUCAGCAAUAUGAGCCCGAUUCGCCGGGUUCGCCGGUCGAUAUGCCGCAACCCUUGGGUGGGUUACGGAUUGCGAACCGCACGAGUGCCGUGAGCGAUGACUGGGGCGAGGAGGCUCUUAGGCAGAUGAACCUCGGAGAUCGAUCGUAG